GAAGGAGAACGAACUUACCGGUACAGCGACCAAAAGAAAAAUGAAAACAAGUAAACAAUUGUUUACCUGUGCUGGCAAUACUGAUCAUGAGCUCGAGGUGGCAAAGAAUUUGAAAAAAGAUCUGGUUUGCCUUACAUCAACAAGUCAACCUUCAUAUCUGCGAAGGACAUGUGAUGUCCUGGCAACAUUCAGCUUUGCAUCAUUGAAUGAGGAGUUGCUCACAAAAGCACCAGUGCUACACAACAUCGUUUCGAGUUGUUUUGAACAGAGCAGUCCAGUUGCAGUGGCAGUGACAGUGGCCAUGAUUUUGAAGCAGAAAAAUAUGCACAUGUCAGGUUUUCAUCAUGUAUUAUCACAAAUUUUAGAUAAUGGCGGAGCAACAGAUGAGUGCAUUAACCUCCUUAACAAGCUUGGGUUAUGUGUGUCAGCCUCUGCAACAGCUAAGAAGAAAGCUGAUUUGAUGAUGAGACAACAGAGUCAUAUAGAACAACUGGUUGAGGCAGAAAAGAGAGCCUAUGAAGAAAAAACAGAUAAUCUACCAGCAGUUCUAUAAAACUUCAUCAACCAUUGACAGAGGUACUCUUUCACAGUUAAGAAACAUUGUGCACAGAGUUGAUGUUCAAGGACCAGAUAGAGUUAUAGAUAGCUACAGAGCCCAUGCUGCUUUUCUCAAUGACUGCUUGGAUGCUUUUAUUGUUGGUGCAUGCAUGCACCAUUUGGGCAUUGAAGAUGUCGGAGCAGAACCGAAGCGGAAAAAAGUUCUUUUUGAGGCAUUGCCAUCAGUUGAUAAAAGAAAGUUUCUGGAAGAUAUUGCCUCUGAAAUUCAACACAAGUACAUUAAUCUGCAGAACGAUGUUCACACUUUGGAACCCAGAUCCCAAGACCUGGAUCUCCAGGAACUGCAGAUCAAGGAAAUGUUCAAUUCAACAGAACAGAAGUAUCUUUGUACAAACUGCAACAAAGCUUACAAGAUGCGUGGCCACCUAAAAAAUCAUCUGAUAAAAGAGCACAGUUGGCAGGAUCUUCGUCAAGAUCUUCAGAAAGACCAGUCAAAAACGAUUGACCACAUUGCUCUUUAUAGAGCAUACUUCAUGAAAUGUGCUCUUCUAUUGAGGGACACCCAGGAUGCCUACAGCAUGGGAGAUGGAGAUAGACUAGCAGAAAAUGCAAAGUUUCAGAUGCUUCUGUCUGGCAUUGGAAAUCAUACAAAGUACCAGUUAUGGCUUUUUAGAUUUCUAGCGAACUGCCAUUGCUUACUAAGUCCCAAAGAUGCUUAUGAAUAUAAAUGGAACAUUACAACAAACCUUAAAGGUGGAACAGGACAUAAUAUACCAAAUGACAACUUAGUAGAAAUACUUGUCCAUCGCCUUAAAGUCAAGCUGCAGGCACAAGGAGCCAAUGUAACUUAUGCAAGUGCAAGGAAAGCAGCAAUGUCCCUUCAAGUUCAAGAUGAGAUCAAGGAAAAUAUGAUGGCACAAUGCGAGAUGAAACCAAAAGGAACAAGCAGAACUGCUACAUCUAUGCGAACCGACAUCAAUUUGAUCACAAAUGAACUGGUGGCAGAAAAUGUGUUUGAUUACAUUCCUGGAAGACAAUUUGAAAAUUUUAAGAACUUCACUGAUUUAUUUGCCAAAGUUAAAAUAAUGGAACUACAUAAGUGGAUCACCAAACAAAAAGAAAGACUGUCUUAUGAAACAAUUUGAAACUGACCUAACAUUUAGCUAUUCCAGCUUUGAAAGUUGAUCACAGAAAGUAUGUGUUUACUUACUGUGAUAUACUUGAUGGAACACAUGUACAUUUGACAUUUUAAAGCUGAAAUUAUGACAUGACACAUAUCUAGUGUCAUGAGAAACUCUUUCCUUAAGUGUGAAAGGUAUUUGACUGUUAAAUGUAAUGCAUAUAUGGUAGUUGAUGUAUAUAUGAUGGGUAUAAAAUGUAAAUUGGAUUAUUUCUUAAGAGAUGUAUGCAUAUAGUGAACAUGUGUUAUUAGUUCCCUACCGGUAGGAGACCUGUAUUGUUUUAGCAAUACUCACAGAAUGCUUGUUUUAAAGAGAUAUAUGAUGAACAUGUGUUUAAGAUGUUUCUAUGCAAAUAAGACUAUUUAUUCUACAAAAUAUGCAUGUUUAGGAAAUCUCCGAUUGUAAACAUCAUCAUGCAGUAGAUACAUUGACAUCUUUUGUUGUAGAUUUAUAUUUGUGUAUGAAAUGAAAACAGCAAAAAGAGUUGUAGUAAAUGCAUGAAAUUUAUUUGCUAGUAAGAAUUGUUUUAAAUAUGUAAUGAACCCUUAUCUAGGAAUUGUUU